ACAGUAGGUGGCGCAUAUGAUCACAUGAAAGUGAUGAGGAACAGGAAAAAAUGUUCUCAACCGCAAGCUAACGUUACAAACAAAGCUAGCUAGCUAUCGAAGUUCAGUCUCUGAUAUUAUUGUAUUUGUUUUAGUAGCUUGCUAGAUAACUAUAUAUCGUCAUAAUAUAGAAAACAUAAAGACUGUUUUCAUAUUGAAAAGGGGCCUAAUGCGUCGGGGGACAAUGUCGGGUUCCGUGGUCGAGUUCCAGGCGCAGAUAGCCUCAAUCAUGGAGGUGUUAGCCAACGCGGCUGUAACCGAAAUCUGCAAAAUUGUUGACGAUGGCUAUGCAGUUGUACACAUGGAGAUGUCCCAAAGCCACAAGGACAACGAAUUUCUCCGGAGGAAAAUGAAAUUGAUGGAACUUCAGAUCGCGAGGUUUCGAGCGGAGAGAACAAAGUUUUCAGAGGGGUCCGUCCACAAUCGCUUCCAUGGAAUACGCCUCCUAAACAGACACAACCAUCGAGAGACGGCAACGACAGGACCUACUUGGCAAAGCAGAAACAGACUUUCCAACAGGAGUUUUGGGAACAGCAGCAUUCAAAGAGACAGACAGCCCAUAGACGUGGACCAAGAGGAUGCCUCUCCAUCAAAGCAUAUGGAUGCUACAAGUGAUGAGCAGUCAGCAGAGACAGAGGAAGGGCAACCAGACCUGCUGAUCAUCAAGGUGGAGGGAGAAGCAGAUUACCAGGACUCUAGGUUCAGCCACCCAGCUAGAACAGUGGAGGGCAGCAGAGAACUAACCACCCAACCGGCUGCAGCCACCACAGAGGACCCCGCCUUCCAGUCCAGUGGCCCCAGAGGCAACAACAACUACAACAACACCGCUAUGGAGGUCAGUGGAUCUGACGCCGUUCUCCUCCAGUCAGAAACAGGGACUGUGAACCAGGGACCCCAGCAACACACAGAAUUUGAACUCCAUAGCAGAGAGACAUAGUCUGGACACAAAGUGUGACAUGAACAGGGACCUCAAUCUCCUCAUCAGCAUGCUUCAGUUCAGCUGGUGCCUAGCCGAACCGUACGAGUGUGCUUUGCAUACUCCCUUAAAAGACCUUCGCUUAAAAAACAAGAAAAAUGCAGCAAUUGUACUGUUUGUCCAUUUUUAAACAUCGUAGCCAGUCUAUACCUCCUCAAAAUGGUCCGUAUUAAUCUAAGAUAACUCAAGAAAUCUUCAUUUCAAUUUGCAAUUUUACAUCUAACUAAGAUGUUUGGUGCAGUAGUUUUCAAUGAAAAAAUGUGCAUGAAAACGAGUCGUCUCUCUUGAAUGACAACAAUUACUUUAUUGAAGAAUCCCUACGAAGGGGUGUAGACUUCCGCUCUGAACUUCAGCAUGCCUCCAGAAAAAAAAUUAUGUGCCCGAACAGCUGAAAAAAACCUCACCGAAGUCCAAAACGAACAAAAUUGUCACAUAAUGUUGUCCUAAUAUAUGCACGAUCUCAACCGAACUGUUUUCGACUGGGAAGCAUGCAGACGCCUUAAGAGACUCUUUAAAUACAGCCACCCAUCUUGACACAAGAAAUGUUGGCGAGGCCAACAAAGCUAGUUAUUAAGCCUCCGUAGACACUCUGAAAUACCAGGAAGAGGAGCUCAACAACCAGCUCAUACCUCACUUCCUGUCAGCCAUUUUAGACCAAGCUCCACAACUUCCUCUUACUCAAGUAAUCUUGCCACAUAUAUUAGACCUGGCAAUGUAGAACGACCUUACGGUUGCCCGAACUGCCAUAGGAAGUUUGUCCAAGAGUGACUUGUGGCGGCAUGCAGUCAUCCACAACAGAAAGCGGACAUUCUCCUGUACCCUGUGUGAGAAGAGCUUUGUGUGCGCCAGCCAUCUCCAAAUGCACCAGAACGUCCACAGUUGUGGAGAAGCCCUUCAGUUGUGCACAUUGUGGGCGCAGGUUCUCCCACUCCAGCAAUCUGAAAAGACAUCAGAAGCUUCAUCAUUGAGAACUGACACAGAUAGGGCUGUGACUGUCAAGGAAUUUUGGAUGACGCAUUCAGCAGAGACAGAGGAAGGGGAACCAGACCUGCUGAUCAUCAAGGAUGAGGGGGAAGCAGAUGACCAGGACUCUAGGAUCAGCCACCCAGCCAGAACAGUGGAGGACAGCAGAGAACUAACCACCCAAAUGGCUGCAGCCACCACAGAGGACUGCGCCUUCCAGCCCAGAGGCAACAUCUACAACAAAAACUACAACAACACCGCUAUGGAGGUCAGUGGAUCUGACGCCAUCCUCCUCCAAUCAGAAACAGGGACUGUGAACCAGGGACCCCAACAGCACACAGGAUUUGAACCCAAAGCAGAGAGACCGAGUCUGGACACAAAGUGUGACAUGAAUGGGGACCUCAAUCUCCUAAGAGAUUCUUUAAACCAGGUGUGGAGAGAGGUAGUAGCGACGGAUGAUGGCGCCUCUGCUGCUCACACUAAAGUAAUGGACCUAGGGAGUGGCUCAGUGGGCCCAGAAACACAGACUAGCUCAGACAUAGAAAUGAGAAGUGUAGGGUUAGAAAACCACAGGUUUUCCCCCAAGUUGUUCCAUUCUUCAUCAGAACAUGUGAUAGUGAUUGACUCUGUAUCCACUGGCCAGCAGGUAGAUAGAGGUUUCGAGUGGGGUCAGGUGGGUACAACUACUACACAACAGGACAAUGGGACUGGAAAUAAGCAGGGAGUGGGAGGGUUUAACAGAAAUGCACCAAUGAUUCACCCCAAAUCGAUGAGAGACAACACAACGCUUUUGGUAGCAUCUGGUUUCCAUCCUACAGAGAAAAAUACAGGCAUGCAUCUUGACACAGGAAAUGCAAGUGAGGCCAACAAAGAUAGUUGGUCUUCAUUGGCAAGCUUCCAUAGACACUCUGAAAUACCUGGAAGAGGAGUUCAACAACCAGUUCCUGCCUCACUUCCUGACGGCUAUUUUAGACCAAGCGCCACAACUUUCUCUCACUCCAGUAAUUUCGCCUCACACUUUAGACCUGGCACUGUAGAACGACCGUACGGUUGCCUGAGCUGCAAUAAAAAGUUUCUCCACGAGAGUGACUUACGGCAUCACAUGAUCAUCCACACCAGGAAGCGAGCGUUCGCCUGCAUGUUGUGUGAGAAGAGCUUUGUGUCCCCCAGCAAGCUCCAAGUGCACCAGAAUGUCCACACUGGAGAGAAGCCCUUCAGUUGUGCACAGUGCGGGCGCAAGUUCUCCCACUCCAGCAAUCUGAAAAGACAUCAGAAGCUUCAUCAUUGAGAAGUGACACAGAAUCAAGAGAUUCCUAUGUAAAAAAAAAAGCUAUGGAUUAGCAUUAUGUUAGUUCGUUUUAUAGCAACACGCUGUGAAAGUCCUGCCUACUUCCUGGAUCAUGUACCUUGCUUUUUUUUUAUGGGAUUCAAGAGUAAAUAAUCAAAUUCGUGAAAACGCUGUCAUUUGAUAUACAGUUGGGUCCAAAAGUAUUUGGACAGUGACACAUGUUGUUGUUUUGGCUCUGUACUCCAGCACUUUGGUCAUAUUUAUGAUUUUUAUGCCGAAAACUGUCACUCAUCAUUAUUCACGAUUAAUUUAUGAUUAUCUGCAAUCAUGGUAGCAUCCAUAUUAAUGUGGACGUGUUUAGAAACACAUUCUAUUCUUAUUUACAAUAAAAGUGACUCCAGAAUGACACAAUACAUUAUGUACCAUUCACAGCUUCUACCCUCAAGCCAUUAGACUGCUAAACUGUUCAUCAAACGGCUACCCAGACAAUUUGCAUUGACACCAUUUUUUUACACUGCUGCUACUCGCUGUUUAUCUAUGCACUUUACCCCUAACUACAUGUACAUAUUACCUUGUCUAACCUGUACCCCCCUGUAUAUAGCAUUGUUAGUGUUAUUUUAUUGUUACUUUUUUCUUUCAAUUUAAAUUUAUUUUGUGCAAAUAUUUUCUUACUUACCGGUACUUUAAAAUAAAUUCUGCAUCGUUGGUUAAGGGCUUCUAAGUAAGGAUUUCACGGUAAUGUUUACUACACCUGUUGUAUUCGGCGCAUGUGACAAAUACAAUUGGAUUUGAUUUCUAUUGGGUACAAAAUAAUCUGUAAAACAACCAAAACAAACUGCAAAUGCAUCCAACAAGUAGAGUCACACGUUUGAUGAAGGUAGGAAUAUCGCACAAAUAUGAUGAAUGGUUCAUUUGAUAGGUUGUCUUCUAUCUUGACAUUGUCAAGUCUUGAAAUGUGGCACGAAUCCCAGACUUGUUUUGUGAUCAAAAAGUCGUAUUUCUCUUAAUUUCCAAUGUAGUGAGAGGGGUUUUAUCGCAAUGGUACAUCAUACCGGCCAAAUUUCUACCUUCUUGAACGGCAAUAGCUCCUAUACACAUGAAAACGCCUUACCCCUGGUAUCAAUAGAACAUUGCUCACACAAAAACAAUAUAACAUUCAAAAUGGAUGAAUCUUUCCUGUAAAGUUUACAGUCUGUAAUUGAACCUCCUAGUCAUUGUAUCAUUUCAAAUUCAAAGUGCUGGAGUACAGAGCCUAAAGAACAACACAUGUUCCCUGUCCAAAUACCUUUGGACCUCACUAUAAGCAGGCAAAGGUGUGUGAAUCAUGUUGGACAUAUUGGAAUCAGAAUAAAAUAGAUUUACACCAAAACA